AUGCAGCGGCAGACUCCGCCGGAGGGGUCGGGAGAGACAGAGGGACAGGAGCGCAAAGGAAGAACUCCCGCGAAGACGGAGAAGGAAGACAAGGGACACAGGGCUGGAGGGAACGCGGAGAGCAAAGCCGACCGUCCCACGAUGGAGGAAUGCGUCGAACUACUCCAAUGGCUUGUCUCUGAGAAUGUCGAAGUGGACGCUUCGCUUUUGACGGUGGACGCGCAUGCGGCGUCGCUUCGCCUUCUGCUCCCCCACGCGGCGACGCAAUUCCUCCCCACGCAGGUUCAGUUGCGGAAGGAGGACUAUCACCCGCUUCGCUCCUUUUCGCCUUCCACAACGGACGCGGAAUCGGCUCUGGAGCCGCGAAAGAAAAGCCCGUUCGCCUACGUGCGACACCCGCUGCGUCUAGCUAGCCAAGCGGGCACCAGCGUGGGACCGACCUUGCCGUUCACGUGGACGUACAGCGCGGAUAAGGACAGUUUGUCUCCGGAGCAGAUUCAGGUGAAACGUUGGGAACUCCUGCGGCCUGGGGACCAUUUGCGGGUUCGCAUUGACAGGGUCGUGACGCCCGACGGCCGCGAGUUUGUCGCUGCGCCCGCAGAAGACGAGUUGCCGCCGGAGAGCGAGAACGACUCGCAAGAGAGGAGACCAGAGAGCGACUCCGGCGAGGCCUCGCACGAAGAGGCCGACGGAGCAGGAGUCGCCGCCGCUCGCAAAAGUGGGGACGGGGAGGGCGGCAGGCGCGGAAGCAUGGAGACACCGGCUUCUGCGCCCGCGUCUGGGGGAAAGAAGGGGAAGAAGAAGGGAAUUUCCCUGCGCAUCGCAUUUGGAUGGCCGCCGCCGAAUGCAAAGGAAGAACUUGAGAACUGGAAGAAGGUCAAGGCGGAAGCUGAGAGACGGCUCGGAAGCAAGGACAAAGAAAACCUCACUGGGGAAAGACUCAAGGACGGCCUUGAGAAACUAAUCUCUCAGGAUAUCGGGUGGGCGCUCCCGCGGCUCUCGCCUUUGGAGGUGACCUCGUACCUGCCGGCGCACCUGACUUCUCCUGGCCUUCACCCGCACCCGUCUGAGUUGCUAAAUUCGAACAGAAAUCGUGGGCCUUCGUCCCUUUUGCAGGAAAAGAAAACGGUUCUCCAGGAAAUCCGAAAAGCUCAAAAAGGAGAGGGAUCCGACGAAACAAGUCCCUCGCGAGAAGACGCACCCGACGUCGGAGUCGCAUACACAGAUUCAGCUGGAGGGUCUGUGGAACCGAGUGUGCGUACACCCCAAACAGAUCGAGGCGUCAAAAGCUCCGGUGUACAUAAGCCUGAGAAAGAGUGGAUUCCGCCCUUGCGCCCACCUUCUCGUCAGCCCCAUCGAUCCCGCAUCAUUGGAGUUUUUAACAAUUUCCUGCUUGUCGAGGUUGACGUCAAGAAGCGGAAGCGUGAGAAACGGGAAGUCGCUGAGCGUUUGGAGGCCGAGGCGAGCAGGAGAGCCGAAGGACAGAUUGAAGAGCGGCAGGAGCCCAGCAAGCAGGCUGAGACCCGAGACGUAUCUGGAACAGAGGCGAAGGGAGAGGAUGGAAUGGAAGCGGGGAAAGACACACUCGCCGCGCUCCUCCCCAUCGAAGAAUUCGGGCACAUCCUUGAGUGGGUUCGCCACCGUGAGAAGGUGUACACACACCGCAAUACCUUCACCUACGGCCUCACAAUGCGAGGCAACAAACCGUGGCAGGGCUUUCGGUUUGCGGAAGAUGAAAAGACCGGACGCGACGACGAAAUCGAGAGCAAGGCACCGCCGUCGUCGAUCGAUCUUUACUUUUCUUGUGUCCAGAAGUUUCCCCUGGAUCUGGAUUUCCCCGCGACGAAUUCGCUCUCGGCCUUCCUGCCUCCGGUCCGCGGCCCGCCCCGCUCCCCGGCUGCUGGCGCCCUCGCGAAAAUCGGCACACAAGCGGUGCUCGAAACCGCCAACUACCUCUUCGGGUCUCGCGCGUCUUCUUCUUCUUCGGUGCCUUUCCUGCCUUUGCCGAGGGUCCCCGCGCGUCCUCCGUGGGUGGUGGUGAUGUCGGCGCAUCCGCCGAUUCCAACCGAAGUCGCGUACAUGCUGUUUUUUCACCAGCCGCCGAACCAUCUCCAGGCUGAGGUCGAGAAGUUCCACAAAUUCAUGGAGGAGCGCGAGCGCGAGCACCUCGCAGAUACGCUCUCCCUGUAUAAGCCGUACGGGGAAGACGGGAGGAUCGCCCUGGAGAGGUGGAACAGAGCCCACAGACAAACCCUGCGCCAGCGACAGACUGCGGGAUUUCCGUGGUGGGACGAGCGAGGCGAGGCGGCUCGCGAGGGCGAGUUGCAAAACGUCCUCGGCUACUACCAGUACAAGAUGCUGCUCCUUGCUCGCGAACAAGCCAAGGAAGAGGCGGCGCUCGAACGCAUGCACAACAUCGUUUUCAUAGAUCGGCACGGCGACGCACUCGAGGACAUCACACACUGGGUGUUGGACGAGAGGAAGAAGCGCCUAACUCCAAAGUUCGUUGCGCAGUUUGUGGAAGACAUCGAAGACCGCUCCGCCGUUCUGCGGCGUCUCGAUCUCACAGAGCCCCUGAGAGCUCUGAUUCGCGAGCGCGAGCGCCUGCGCCGCACAGACGUCUCGGCGUUGCCUCGUUUGCAAGAGAGGAAGGAACUUCUGACUCGCCAGCAUCGCCCCACGCCCCGCAGUACGAUUGAGAAUGCGGUGGACAUACACCCGGAGGCGCGGCAGCGGCUGCUACGCCUCCUCGACGCGCGAAUUCCCUUCAUGGAUCCGAUUGCCUGGAUGCGUCAGAUCCACGAGGAGAAGCGGAGAAGCCGCACAGGCGACCCUGCCUCGCCGCCGCUCUGGGAAAUGUUCAUGCUGCAUGCACGCGUGAACUUGCAAAAGGCGGCGCCGCCAGACGACAUCCCCAGCUACGACGCGUGGCAGAAAACGGAGGGCGCAGGCAGAAGAAAAUUCAAAAAGCAAAACGCAGAAGGACCAAUGAAACACGUGGUGGACCCUCUGGAAGCGAUGAUUGACCAGUUGCCCGAGGGGGCGUCGGAUUUCCUGCACGACUCCACAGACGAGACGGUCAGCACUCAGACCCUGAGGAACCUGCAGCGCGAUCUCGCCUCUUCGCUCUUGCCUCGCGGCAGCAGGCGUGAAGGUAUGCUGGACGACUACGUAAGCAUCAAAGAUCUCCAUCCUGAACUCCCCGAGCUCACCGAGCUGGCCGGCGGCAAGGCGGCGAACCAGCGCUGCGAAGUCUUCCUCCCGCUCACAGACAGCCUCGACGAGGCAGGCACACAAUGA